AUGUGGAAUCAAGUAGAUGAAUUAACUUUCAUGGACAAUAUUGAUAUUAGUCCAUAUAUAAAAGACUUAUUCGAUGAUAAAGAUCCAGCAAGUACUUUUUCCGAGUUUAAAUUCAGCAAUGGUAAGAUUUAUUCAGUAAAUUCUUUCAAAUUAAUAGUUAAACAUCUUGAAUUAGGUGUGUUGAAUAACGAUAGUGUGGAUCUAUCACCAAUGUUAAAUGUGUACUGGAAUGCAAAUAUUGAUAAUGAUCAGUUGGAUAAUCAUCAAAGUUCAAUUGUUUCAAUGGAUUUCAUUGGUUCUACAUCAGAUAUUCAAUCGGACAUUGAUGCUAUCAUAAACAAUGAACCAUUUAUAGGAGACGAAUAUGACCAAAUUUUAGACGAUAAUUUACCUGAAGAAACAAUUGUUUCACAGGAUGGUAAUCAACAAAAUGUGAGCGAAACUCAGGAAUCAACGAGUUUCGAGAUAAAUACAAAUCCAUUUGCUUUUAUUGAUGAUAUAAUGACUGUCAAAGAACAACCAAAACCAGAUCAACGUGCUCGUUAUGAAAGUGAUGGUCUACGCUUUUUACCUGAUUCAAAAAAACAUCCAAUGUCUAUUCAGUUGCCGGAUUUAUCAUCAGCAACAUUGACUGAAAAAGCAUCAUUUGGAAUCAUUUUAACAAUGGUAACAUCAACAAAAAAUCCAAAAAAUAAAACAUUUGUACAUGCCAACGGUAUCAAAUAUCGUACUGAAGAUGCAAUAGAAAUAGGAUAUGGAAGUAUUUUUCUUCCAUUAACUAAAUCGGAUAUACUAAAAUGCGAAAAAAAAUUUCCACGAUUGUCUAUUAUUUGUAAAAGAUUAGAAGAUUACACAUUUGACUUAACAUCAUUUGAUGGAUUAACUGUAGAAAGAACUACAGAAAAAUAUACACUUAUCAAUGAAGAUGAUAUUGGCAAAGUAGCAAAAGGAAAACAAUUCACUAUUGAUUAUGAUCUACUUUGUUAUAAGAUUAUCUUUCAGUUAGCAUUGAAACAAGAUGAUGUUUUUAUGAUUUCAAAUAUUAAAUGUGAAACAGAAAUAGUUAAUGAGCAAAAAACAGCAAAAAAAGGUGUCAAACGAAAAGCUUCAUCAAACAAUAAGAUGAUCAAGAAAAGAAAGGGCAGCAUUUGAACUCGCGUUCGUUAUGAUUAUAAUACAUGGGAAUCAUUUUGUGAGAUUGAUAUUGCAGACUUAAAUAUGAUACUAUGUCCAGAUGAAAUUUUCAAAGAUUUGCUAAAUGAUUUUAAAACAAUGGAACGAUCUCCUGCUUCUAGUCCUCUUAUCGAGGAUAUAAGUGAAUUAUUAAAAGAUGAUACAGAUUUGUUAUCUCCAAUAGAAUCAAAUGACAUGGCUGAUCUACCAACAAAAAAUCUUUUCAGUACAUCAAUAGAAUUGUCCACAUCAGUGGCUAUUACAGUUCCAACACCAAAUCAAUUACAUAUUGUUCAUCCAUUAGAAGAUACAUAUAGAGCGCGAUAUAAAAGUGAUUAUUUUCCACAAAGUGGCGCUUCUCGACGGCCACGUUAUGUUGCUGAUAAAACUGGAAAUCACUUUAUUACAUUACAAAUGCCAACAGAUUAUAAACGUGGUUUUACAAAAGAAUACAUUCGUGCUGCAUUAAUAACAACAUCAAUUGAUGGUCGUGGACAUUUUUAUAGUCCAUAUAAAUUUCAAACAAAUCAUCGCGAUGCUAAAGUACCUGAUGAGAAUCCCAUAUAUAUACCUGUACAAUCACAACAAAAAAAUAAUUUUAUUAUGAAACUUCAACUUGUUUUGAUUAAAUCCAAACUAGAUCAGCUAAAUGAUGCUCAACCAUUAAUACCUUUUUCGGAUACAAUUACUAAUAUACAAAAUAUCAUCAAUGAAGAAAAACUAGCACCAAAAGAUUUAAUCAAUACAUAUCAACUUGAUAAAUCCCAUAUAGCAUUUACAUUGUGUUCAAAAUUACCAAAUGGUUCUUAUGAUAUUCAUCCUGAAACAACAGUUAUUUCAUCAGUUAUCACUGAAUCAUCAGCAAAACAGUUAGCAACAUCAAAUAAUAAAUCAGGUAAAUUAUUCAAUGAUGUUUAA